CCCGCGAGCGUCCCGGCGUGCUCCGUGCGCUCCCGCAACCACUUCCGGGGCGGCAUCGAGGCCGCGGGGGCCGGGCGCUGUGGCGGGUUGCGGCCCUCGGGGUUGGCUGAGGCGGCGGCGGCGACGACGGCCCGACGGCGGCCAGAGGCCUGAGGCCUAGCGCAGUGAUGUCUGAACUCAGUGAUGAAGCCAGUGAGCCGGAACUCCUGAACCGCAGCUUGUCCAUGUGGCACGGAUUGGGGGGGCAGGUCAGCCGGGAGGAGCUGGACGUGCCCUUGGAUCUUCACACAGCGGCUUCUAUCGGCCAGUAUGAAGUGGUUAAAGAAUGUGUGCAGCGGAGAGAGUUAGAUUUGAAUAAGAAGAAUGGUGGUGGCUGGACCCCGCUGAUGUAUGCCUCCUACAUUGGACACGAUACCAUCGUGCACCUGCUGCUUGAGGCGGGGGUGAGUGUGAAUGUGCCGACCCCAGAAGGGCAGACUCCACUGAUGCUGGCCUCCAGCUGUGGCAACGAGAGCAUCGCCUACUUUCUCCUCCAGCAAGGUGCUGAGCUGGAGAUGAAAGACAUUCAAGGCUGGACUGCCCUCUUCCACUGCACUAGUGCUGGGCACCAGCAGGUGGUCAAGUUUCUUUUGGACAAUGGAGCGAAUGCCAACGUGAGGGAGCCAACAUACGGAUUUACUCCUUUGAUGGAAGCAGCUGCUGCUGGUCAUGAAAUAAUUGUGCAGUAUUUUCUGAAUCAUGGAGUCAAAGUAGACACAAGAGACCACAGUGGAGCCACAGCUCGGAUGUUGGCUAAGCAGUAUGGACACAUGAAGAUCGUGGCCUUGAUGGACACUUACUCACAGAGCUCACCCUCUCUGCCCAAGAGCCUCUGUUGGACCCCAGAAAAAUACGAAGAUUUAAGUUCUUCAGAUGAAUCCUACCCCAUUCCUCAGAGACAGAGGCCCUGUCGGAAGAAGGGCCUCAGCAUCCAUGAGGGGCCUCGUGCAUUGGCCAGGAUCACAGCCAUUGGACUUGGAGGGAAGACCCCAACCCCACGGCCUAGCUGUGAGCAGGUGCCUCCACAGGGCUAUGUCACCUUCAACAGUAGUGAUGAGAACCCUCUGGAAGGAGAGGGCCUCUGCUACCGGGAUGUCACCUCCCCCAUCAAUGACCAGGAUGUGGAGAGCAGCAGUAGCAGCAGCCGGGAAGAGCAAGAACACGCUUUCUGUGCCAACCUCGGGAUCAUCCGGAGCAGCAGCAGCAGUGAGGGCCCAACCAGAGCCCAGGGGCUCAGCAGCGAGGCCUCUGUGGAGAGUAACGAGGAUUCAGAUCAUGCACGUAAAAGCUCAGUUCGCAAACAAACUAAAAGUUAUAUGAAGACUAAGAAUCGUCACAACCAGGGGCCUCCCAGCACUGGGACUUCUGGGGCAGCCUAUACCCCAGGAUCUAUCCCCCAAAACGAGAGGUCCCCCUAUUCAGGACCCCAGAACCUGGCCACACUACUGGAACAGAUUGGGUGUCUCAAGUACCUGCAAGUUUUUGAGGAGCAGGAUGUGGAUCUCCGCAUCUUUCUGACCCUCACUGAGAGCGACCUGAAGGAAAUCGGCAUAACAUUGUUUGGGCCCAAAAGGAAGAUGACCUCUGCUAUUGCCCGCUGGCACAGCAGUGCUCGCCCACCCAGUGAUGCCCUGGAGCUGGCCUAUGCUGACCGCCUGGAAGCUGAGAUGCAGGAGCUGGCCAUCCAGCUGCACAAGCGCUGUGAGGAGCUAGAGGCUGUUCGAGGCCAGGUGUCCCAGGAGCAGGAGCUGCGGGCUGUGGUAGAGAGCUGCCUGCUGGAGCAGGACGGGGCUCACAAGUACAUGCAGGCCCAGCUGCAGGAGACCUGGGCACUGGCCCAGGAUGCUACCCUCAUCCUGGACCAGCUGCGAGCCUGUCAAGCUGAGCUGUCAACCAGAGUGAGGCAGGACCAGUCCCCUGGUGCAGCUGCCCUGGGCCCAGCCUUUCCCCUGGCAGACUCCAAAGGCUGGCAAGUAUCCCUGCAGGCUAUGAGCCUUCCUGAGCUGUCAGGAGCCCUGGAGGAUUGUGUGCAUGAGAUGGGUGAGUCUCCCAGAGGGCUACAAGCGGCCUGGUCCCGACCCAGAAGCCAGACUUUGGUGAAGACUGAGAGCCCCUUUCAUUUCAGAGGGAGGGAGAGGGACCCCUUCUUAGGGAAAGCAGGUUUGAAUCCCUCCACCUCAAGGCUGUCCUCCACCCGCAGCUUGCCCCAACUCACAGAGCCAUGCUUACUUCCCUCCUGGGUGGUACUUAGUUCCCUCCUGGGUGGUACCCAGACUUGUGGCAAAGCACUAUCUGGUGUCAUUCUCAGGGCGAGUGCUGUGCUCAGUGACCCAGAGCCUGGAGAAACUGCAGGUACUGAGCAGCAAGGAGAAGUGGCGGGAGCCCUAGCCCUGAUAGAUGACUCGGACGUUGGGUGAUUGAUCCACCCUGAAGCUGUGUGCCAGGAGUCAGGAGGGCCAUGCACAGGCAGCUGCACCAAGCAGCACAGGUCCAGAUGGGGCCAGAGGAUCAGGCCCCAGAGCAGCCGGCAGACACAGCAGGACAGGGACUAUGGCCCGUGCCAGGCAGCUUGGGCCAGCACUGAGGCAGGACAAAGGCCUGUCACCCAAACCUGAUGGUAAGGCUCAGAGCUUAUGGCCUGCCCUGGCCCAGACCAGGCAGGGCCUUGGGGAGUAUAUCCCCAUCUGUGGGUGCCAGAGGCUUGACCUUAUGAGAACUGGGCACCUGAAAAAUGUCAUUUGUUGGAAAAUAAAAUUUAAGAUCAGUUGGUGAA